AUGGCUGAUUUGGACGGGACUAUUCGAGUGAAGAAGAAGAAAGGAUCUUAUUUUCUUCCAAACCCUGUCUUCGCUGUCUGCAACUUUGAUAUCUCAUUACUACCGGUAAAGCUCAACCUGCCUAUGGUAUGCCAACCUCUUGAUUGGAGGAGUGCCUGCCCGGAGGGUAAAAAACCAAGAACCCUGUCCGAUCUAACGGGGGGUUACUUAAGAAGAGAGGAGAAUUCUCAGAAUCUGUGUCGUGUAAUGAACAAGCUGCAGCGUCAGGCUUUUAAAAUCAACAGUGAUUGGUUGCAAUUUAUUCUAAAAUAUGAGGACAUGUUUGUUGAAUAUGGUUUUCUAAUGCCAAAAUUUCUAGCCUCAAUCAAUAUAAGUGAUGUUUCCAACUUACUUAGAGAGUUUCACAUUAAGGAUAAGGUUAUUAACCAAUUUUGUAGCUUUAGCAAUUUGUUAAAUACUUUAUGUAAGAACAUACAGCGUGCUCAAUAUGAAAAAUUGCUUAUCAAGCUGGCAACAGCCUACGACGGUUUCCAUUUUGAUUUACCGGCCUUUCUCGACUUCCGAGGUCGAAUCUACCGCAGUGGGGUCUUGCAUUUCCACGAGCGUGAUCUAGCAAGAAGCCUGAUCGUCUUUGCAGAUUGCAAACCUCUGGGCGAGAAUAUUCACAAAGACAUAUUUCGCGCAGCGGUCGCCUUCCAUUACCAGUCUUUCGACACGGCCGAAAAGGCACUUGAUUGGUUUAAUCAGAACAUAGAGCUGAUCGCUGAUCAUCCUUUCAAGUUCGCUCGGGGGGCAAAACGCCCCUUUCAGUUCCUUUCCAAUAGAAUUGGAAUCAGCAGUAACAAAACUGACAAGUUGAACGUUCUUUCUAGCAUCCCUAUUACCCAAGAUGCCUCGGCGAGUGCAUAUCAGAUCAUGAGUUACUUUUUGUUGGAUGAAACCUUGGCUAAGAGAACGAAUCUCAUCCCAUCUGGGGAAAUCCUGGAUAUUUUUAAUUUAAUCCUCGAUGAGCUCAAGGAGUUCAUGAAAGCAGAACUUGAGGAUAGUCUAUCACAGAUAGUUUGCGAUCUCCUCAAUCGUAAGAUAGUCAAAGGUCUCUUUAUGCCUAUGAUAUAUGGUAAAACAUUAAUGAGCACCGCCUGCGAUCUAAGAGCCGAUCUCUCGCACUUCCUCACUAAUAAGGAUUGCUUUACAGAUUAUAUGUUAAUGGAAGCCGCUAAUAUAUGGAUUUAUGAUAGACUUCAUAAGAAGAGGCGAAAGGUUACUCUCAGAGUUGCUUCUUCUAAGAGAAAGAUUAAGAAGACUAGUACCUCUACCUUCGUAAACUUCAUCCAUCAGAAGGAUGCACAUAUUGCAAUGAGUGUAGUAGAUAAUAUGCUUCUUGCAAAUGCGCCUAUAUACACUGUACACGACAACUUUAUAAGUACAGCUCAAUAUGGCGAUAUUAUACCAAAGAUGUAUAGCAGCGCCAUUCGUAACAUGGGCCCUCCACUUUCAAUCAUCAACAAGUUCAUCUAUAUGAAUGUUAUUCAUCCUAUUGCAAGAAUGGAGCCAGAUGGACCUACUGAGGAUUACUUUACCCGUAAGGUAAUCUCAAACGAAACGCUUCGUUUGUACUUAAUGGCAAAUGUACCUUCUAAAAUAAGCGCGAAGACGAAGGCAACUUUUGAUGAAAGAAUCGCAGGAAUACUGACCUCUUACAAGGACUAUAUUCGUAAUGUAUGCGGCGAUUUCCAUAACCCUGGGGAUUGUUGGAAAGCUCAUGAGGAAAAGUGGGAGAAAUUAAAGUUACAGCUAAGAAGUAGGGAGGGAGCACCAUAUUACUGCGUGCACUAUUAA